CAGUAAAAAAAUAAAAGAAUUUAUUUGCGGUUGAUAUGUAUUUUUUCAUGAUAAUAACUAUACUUCGUCGAGAAUUCAUAUAAUUAAUUGGUUGAAUUUAAUAGAACGGUCUAAUGUUGUAUGCUUUAACUAAUACUUCCGUUCUUAGUGAGAUUACUAUUUAAGUAUAGCUUGCAAUAAAAAUUAAUUUUAAGUAUUUAUAAUGAGUGAUUCAUCAAAUAAUUCUGAAUCUAGAACAAGACGAAGAAUUCAAGAAGCUAAAAAUAAGGCUAGACCAGGAAGUAUUUAAAGUCGUUAUUUUGAGUUGAGUGAAAAAGAUGCUUGGCAUGCUCAUAGAUAUGCAGAUAAUUUUAAACCAUUUACUAUAGUAAAUGAUAAUGUGGAGAGAAUCAAUGUAGAAAUUGUUAGUCCUGAUAUGUUUGCUGAAAAGUAUGAAAAGCCAUAUAAACCAGUUGUAGUCAGAGGCUUACAAAAUAAUUGGAGAGCUUCUUAUAAAUGGUCAAUUGAAAGAUUAGAAAAAAAGUAUCGUAAUCAAAGAUUUAAAUGCGGUGAAGAUAAUCAAGGAUAUAGUGUAAAAAUGAAAAUGAAAUAUUUUGUUCAUUACAUUAAUCACAACAAAGAUGAUAGCCCUUUGUAUAUUUUUGAUAGCAGUUUUGGUGAUCACCAUAGAAGAAAAAAACUAUUGGAAGAUUAUGAUGUGCCUGUUUAUUUCCAAGAUGAUUUAUUCAAGUAUGCUGGUGAAAAGAGAAGACCUCCAUAUCGAUGGUUUGUGAUGGGUCCUGCUAGAUCUGGAACUGGAGUCCAUAUAGAUCCUUUAGGAACAAGUGCUUGGAAUGCACUUAUUAGUGGACAUAAAAGGUGGUGUUUGUUCCCUACUCAUACGCCAAAAGAAUUACUUAAGGUCACUUCCACUGAAGGUGGUAAACAACGAGAUGAAGCUAUUACAUGGUUUAAAGUUAUUUAUCCUCGCACUCAAUUACCUACUUGGCCUAAAGAUUGUGUACCAAUAGAAAUACUUCAGUGUCCAGGAGAAACUGUUUAUGUACCUGGAGGAUGGUGGCAUGUAGUUCUCAAUUUAGACACUACUGUUGCUGUUACACAAAAUUUUUGCAGUAAAACUAAUUUUCCUGUAGUAUGGCAUAAAACAGUCAGGGGACGGCCUAAAUUAUCUAAAAAAUGGUACAGGGUAUUAAAAAAUAAGGAACCUGAGCUUGCUACAGUUGCCGAUGCUGUUGAUUUAAAAAAUCGCACUGGUCUUGCAUCUGAUAGUUCUAGUUGUUCUAGCAGUUCAAGUAGUUCUAGUAGUUCUAGUGAUGGAAAUACUAGUGAAGAAGAUAGUGGUCAGGAGUCUCUACACGCCCGUAAAAAACGGUGUAAACUUUCAUCGCCUAAUUAAAUGAUUCAUGGAUUCUUGAAAAUCAACUAUAAAUAAAUUAAAUAUAAUUUGGACUUAAAUUUAUAAAUAAAAUACUUUAUUUUUAUUCCUAACUUAUUUGUAGAUAAUAUUUUCAAUAAUAAAUGUAUAAUAUAUAAAG